AUGUCGUGGUUAUUUGGUUCUUCCAGUGAAAAGAGUGCUCCCACUCCGGCCGAGGCGCAGCCCCAGCAGCCCGCUCAAACCGAAAAGCCCAAGCCUUGCUGCGUCUGCAAGACAGAAAAGACGGCUCGCGAUGACUGCAUGUUGUUCUCUAAAUCCGAUGAUCCCGCGAAGGAAUGCCAGUCGACGAUCGACCAAUACAAGAGCUGUAUGGCUGGCUUCGGCUUCAAGGUCUAA